UGGAACAAGGAAAAAGAGAUAGAUGUGCAACAAUCUCCCAGUGUGAGAUUAUGUGAUAGUUCAUCAUUUUAAUUCUGGUUCUGGUUUUGAUUAGUAGAAUGAUGAACAAGGAUGAUGUUGUGAUCCAUGUCAAAGGAAUGUUGGAGAGGGCAAACACACCCGUAACUAAAAAGUGCUCCAUCUACAAAGUACCUUUACUUAUUCGUCAGCUCAACCAAAAGGCUUACACCCCAAAGGUUGUUUCCAUCGGCCCUUAUCACCAUAGCAGCCACCGUCUUCGGAACAUGGAGAGACACAAAGUAAUGUAUUGCAAGUCAUUUCUUGAACGAGUCAAAACCAAAACAAGUAUGGAAAGUUGGAUCAAAUAUAUCGCAGAUAAGGAAGAUCAAAUUCGUAAAUGCUACUCAGAUGCAAUUCCAUUCAGCUCGAACAAACUGGUGGAGAUAAUAUGUGUGGAUUCAGGUUUUAUACUUGAACUCUUCUGGAUAACUCACCACUAUAGGACAUCUGAGACGUAUCUUUCAACACCAUGGUUUGAAAAUGCAAUAUUUUCUGAUUUGUUGUUGCUUGAGAACCAACUUCCUUUUUUCGUUCUCAAUGAUCUCUUCUCUUUGUCUAUUGACGAUAGUGAUACCACUUCAUUUAUCCAACUUACAUUUGAAUAUUUUCAAUAUUUCAAUAAGUCCAAACUGUCUCAUAAUCAUAUUACAUGCCAUCACUUCACGGAUCUGUUACGAACUUUUUACUUAUGUGGAAGAGAAAAGACUACAAGGGCCGAUCAAUGGCCACAUAUCCCUAGUGUUACUAAGUUGUCAGAAGCAGGAAUCAGGUUUGCAAGCUUCGAAAGUAAGUGCUUACUGAACUUGAGUUUUUCAAACCGAGUUCUUCAAAUCCCAAAAUUCAAAAUGGCUGAUAAUACUGAACAGUGGUUUCGUAACAUGAUCGCUUUGGAGCAGUUUCACUAUCCCAAGGAGUCUUAUAUUACGGAGUAUGCUCUUGUUCUGCAAUAUCUAGUAAACACAGGGAAGGAUGUAGAUAUACUGGUUAAAGAGGGAGUUAUGGAGAAUUUAUUAGGUGACAGUGAUGUUGCAGCUGAAAAGACUAAACGUCUUUGUAGAAAUAUCGUUCUAUCAGAUUUUAGUUCUGACUAUGUUUCUCUCUGGCAAAACUUGGAUGCUUCGUAUAAGAGUCGAAAGCUUAAAUUGAAGUCAACUCUGAGACGUGAUUAUUGUAAAGGACCUUGGCAAACUGCUGCAACAAUUUCUGCAAUUGUUCUUCUAAUUCUUUCCUUUAUUCAAACAGUUUGUUCUGUUUGGCAGAUAACAUAGUAUUAGAAUGUCUCACCUCCUUCUCAAGACCUAGUCAUAAGUCUCCUUCCUUUCCUGUUUGUUUUUUGUUUUUUUUCCUCUUUUUCUAAUUGUUCACUCCUGAUCUUCUUAUAACAUUCUGUUUGGUGUAUUUUUUUGCUA